GGGAGUAUUAUUUUGUGUCAAAAAUAAAUAAAUUAACCCACUCUUUCUUUUCUCUGUCCUCCUCUCCUCAUUUGGCUGCGUCAAGAUGUCAUCGUCUUUGAUAUCGGAUUUUCUCCACCAAACUGGCGGAACUGCCAUCAUCGACGGCGGUCUUGCAACAGAGCUUGAACGCCAUGGCGCAGACCUCAACGAUCCUCUUUGGAGCGCCAAAUGCCUCAUUUCUACUCCUCAGUCUAACCUCAUUCGCCAGGUGCAUCUUGAUUACUUGGAAAAUGGUGCUGACAUUAUAACAACAGCAUCUUAUCAAGCUACUAUUCAAGGUUUUAAGGAAAAAGGUUUUUCUGAUAAAGAAGGUGAAAACAUGCUAAGAAGAAGUGUUGAAAUUGCUUGUGAGGCUCGUGAUUUGUAUUAUGAAAGAUGUGCUGCGUGCUCUUCGGGUGAUAAGUCUGAUGGUAGAAUCCUCAAGAAACGCACUAUUCUGAUUGCAGCAUCAGUUGGGAGCUAUGGAGCUUAUUUGGCUGAUGGAUCAGAGUACAGUGGGAUUUAUGGUGAUGCUAUCACAUUGGCAACUCUCAAAGAUUUUCAUCGAAGAAGAGUUCAAAUUUUGGCAGAUUCAGGUGCAGACCUGCUUGCAUUUGAAACAAUUCCAAAUAAGAUCGAAGCUCAGGCUUAUGUAGAACUUCUGGAAGAAGAGAACAUAAAGAUUCCAGCAUGGUUUUGUUUUAACUCUAAGGAUGGAAUUAAUGUUGUCAGUGGCGAUUCUCUGGUGGAAUGUGGUUCCAUUGCUGAGUCAUGCAAGAAAGUCGUCGCUGUUGGAAUCAACUGUACCCCACCUAGAUUUAUACACGAUCUUAUACUUCUUCUUAAGAAGGUGACUACAAAACCAAUUGCUAUAUAUCCAAAUAGCGGGGAAACUUAUGAUGGUGAUCGAAAAGAGUGGGUGCAAAAUACAGGUGUUACAAAUGAAGAUUUUGUCUCAUAUGUUAGUAAAUGGUGUGAGUUAGGGGCUUGCCUUAUAGGCGGCUGUUGUAGAACGACUCCUGUUACCAUUAGAGGGAUAUACAAGACACUAUACAACAGUCAAUCUGCUACUCUUGCUACAAAGUGACUGCCCUGUAUUCAGAAAGGAGGCAAAUGUUCAAACCAAUCUAAUUUAUAUGUCAAGACCAAGAAUGCGAGCAGCUGCAAUGGGUCAUGUUGCCACUUUGCGCUGAAAUGGGAAGACAAGAAUGCGAGCAGCUGAGCUAAUAAAAUGGUAGUAACAUUUUCUUUUAACAUGCUCAUUAAUAAUGAAAGAGAAUGGGUCUAGUUUUUUGGGUUUGACCCACUUAAUGUUCACAAAUUAUGUGUCUGAAAGAGUGUUGAUAAAACUUGGAACAUUAGUAACAUAUCCCAUAUGCAUGAUUGGUUAUUGUAACUUGGAACAUAAUUUGCCAUUAGUGUCCUGAGAAUAGCAGUACACUGAAUUACAAAGAAAAGAUGUUUUAUGUUUUCAUUUU